AAAUCACCGCGCCUUGAUCGCGGUCUUGAUGUGCGUUCAAUUUGUCAUCAACAGUCGCAGAGUUCUCACGAAAUUUUCAUUCAUCUCGACAAGCCACACGUUUGUUCUAAUCUCUUAACGAGCAAUUAGCGAGCAGUCAGUUAGCUUUGUGAACGCAGUAAAUUUUAUUUAAUUUAACUUCUAUUUGCAAGUGGUGAAAAUUCCAAGUGAUCGAAAAAAAUCUCGACUGAUUCAGCGGAAAUUUUAUUGGCACUCGUCGUUUAAUCAAAUGCGACUCGAGCAAUUUAACAUAUUGUUCUAAAGUGAUUUAAUCCCGACUUUAUUAGUGCGAUUCUUUAUGUACGUUUAAUUAAUGUAAAAUAGUGUUAGCACAAUCAAUGUUUGGGUUAUGCAAAAUCAGUGCGCAGAGGAUUAUUUCCUUCGGUCUCGAGAUAAGCAAAUUGAUAUGCAAGCAUGAGCGUGCAUUUUUACACACACGCGUACACGGUAAGCACACGUUUCUUUCAACAAUAUCGAAUUCUCAGCUCGUGUUAAUUUUUCUAAAUGAAAAAGAGGAGAUUUCGCCUCUACCAAUCGCCUUCGAUGAAAAAUAACCUAACGAUACUUGUCGCGGCUGUCAUUGAUGAUUCAGAAUUUGACCGGAUGUUUUCCGAGGUUUCCGACAAUGCGAAAAAUAGUAAGGAGGCCCUUCGCGAACUGAUAGCUCGUCUUGAGAAUGGGAUGCAAGAUUAGCAUAUUGAAAUGCAUGAGAGGCAAAGUCGAGCAGGAGGAGAGCAUAUCGUCGGGAAUUAGCAAUUCUUCCAGCAACACAAGCGAUGAAACAGAGACCAACAGGGACCAAGACAGUCUGUAUCUCGCGUUCAACAAGCAUCAUUUUGUCGUCGAAGAGGACGAUCGUGAAGUAGCGCAAUGUAAGACGGAUGCGUUUGACAUUGUGGCUGAAAAGAAUGAAAAAACACCCUUUGAGGACUCUUGCGCAUAUGAUGAAAAUGGCGAUUACUUGACCAUAAAGGGUCCUCAAGAUUUUAGCAAUUAUUUAUUGACAACCAACGUUCCUAGUAUUAUAAAAAUAUUAUUAGUCUUUAGCAAAGAUGAUCAACAAAUGGACAUACUUGCUAAUGCCGCUAGAAGGCUGGGCUGGAGCGUAUCAAUGGCAAAAGACGCGGAAAAAGCAAUUGAACUUUUUCAAAAUCGCGCUCAUGAAUUAGUGAUUAUCGAUCAUAGAGAACAUCACGCGGCCGAAGGCGAUGCUAUUUGUAGAGCAAUCAGAUCCAGUCCGGUUUAUCACAAUUCUGUCAUUAUAGCCCUCGUGAAAAAAUCAUAUUUCAUGCUCGAUGAGAAAGAUCAUAUUGUGGCAUUAAACUUGCUAGAAACAGGUUUUACCAGAGCACUGAUGGAAUGUUCGCACGAAGGCAUAUUAAUAAACGAAUUGGUAGGAAUAUAUACUAGCUCAUUAUUGCCGAAAACUCAAUUAGCAGCAGCACAUGCAUUAUAUUUGGCACUUGACAGGUGUCGCGAUAUGGUGCAUAUAACCAAUGAUAAGAACAUUGUACAGUUUCUAAAUAAAGUCAGCGAAAAAUUGUUAGGAUAUAAGACAGAAGAAAUGAUGGGAAGAAAUCUUUCGGAAAUAGUCUACUACGACAAUUUUGCUCUCAUGGAGCAGCAAUUGAGUAAAGGCCGAGAAUUCGAAGGAAAUAUGAAUUGCAAGAGGAAAAACAAUCAAAUGAUUACGAUCAAUUGCAGGAUAAUACCGUUCUGUAUUACAUUAAAAAAACCAAGUCAUUAUAUAUACGUAUACGAUACUACGUAUUUGUCGGAAAAUUCAGCACCAAUAAGCCCAGUUGGCAGCCCAUUGCAUCCUCCUCUUAGACCAAGUGUAAUGCCGAAUACGCGGAAAUCCUCAGACGUCAAAUCUGGUAUAAGCGAAGGCCGUAGACGGUCAAGUUUGCAGAAGCUGCAUUUGGAAGCGCCUAUCACCAAAGUCAUUACAUUACUUUCAAACGCAGUCACGGAUACAACUAAUCCAGAAACAGCAGCGCAAAUCGAUAAAGCAAUCGAUAUCUUAAAGACGACGGAACUUUAUGUGCCGCAUCUUAAAGAAGAUAAAGCAAUGUACAGCGAUCCAGUCGCAACGGAUCUCGUUGGCGCAUUACUUGCUUCUCCGCGCACUGCAUGGGAAUCUAGGAGAUCAUCAUCAGAUUCUGCGAGAUUAUCCACUAUCAAAGCUAUUACAUACCCGAAUUCACAUGUGCAGAAAAAUUUUCUGGGGUCACAAGAAAUCACAGAGAUAUUAGACAAAAGCCUUGAUUGGGAUUUCGAAAUAUUCAAGCUUGAAGUUUUGACGGAGAAAAGGCCACUUGUUUUUCUGGGAUUAACGAUCAUGAAUUUAUAUCAAGUACCCACUAUAUUACAUUGUGAUGAGAGAACAUUACAAAACUGGUUAGCCAUUAUCGAGCAUAAUUACAACGCGGAGAAUAGUUAUCAUAAUUCAACACAUGCCGCCGAUGUCUUGCAAGCAACUGCGAGAUUUAUGCAAUCAAAGAAGCUCAAAGCAAUUUUAGAACCUUUAGAUGAAGUUGCUACUUUGGUCGCCGCUGCUGCGCAUGAUAUUGAUCAUCCUGGGAGAUCCAGUCAAUUUCUUUGCAAUGCUAACAAUCGUUUGGCAAUACUCUACAAUGAUCUGUCAGUUCUCGAAUCGCAUCACGCAGCCUUAACAUUUAAACUAUCGCUUUCCGACGACAGUGUAAAUAUCUUCAAAAAUCUGGAACGAGACGCGUACAAACUGUUACGACAAAAUGUCAUUGACAUGAUUCUGGCGACCGAAAUGACGAAGCACUUCGAGCACUUGGCGAAGUUCAUGAAUGUUUGUAGCGCGAGAAUUGGUGAAGGUCAAGAGACUUAUUCAGAUUCUCUGGACAUGUCCGUGGUGCUACAGCCCGAUAACGUAAUAUUAAUUAAAAGAAUGAUGAUCAAAUGCGCGGAUGUAUCUAAUCCAACCCGGCCAUUAAAAUGUUGCGUCGAAUGGGCGAGACGAAUCGCGGAGGAAUACUUUAAUCAGACUGACGAAGAGAAAAAGUUGAAAAUGCCAGUUAUAAUGCCUAUGUUCGAUAGACUGACGUGCUCGAUACCGAAAUCGCAAAUCGGUUUUGUCGAUUAUAUCAUCAAUGACAUGAUCGAAGCUUGGGAUGUGUUCAUUGACAUGCCGGAAAUAGUGGGCUAUAUGCGGCACAAUUACGAAAAGUGGAAAGAGUAUAAUGAACAAGGUAUAUCUACUUUGCAAGACGUCGAGAAACUACAACAACAACAUCCCGAAAUACAAAUACCGUGAUUGCUUGAGAAGCGCGUCUCACUUCGUUUUGUGCCUCGUUAUGUAAUAUUUACACUGCGAUUAUCGUAAAGAACGUGUAUAAUAUUUAUGUAUUUAAGAGUAGUACAACGACAUCGUUCAUCCUAAGAAAAUAGUCGUUUUUAAAAAAAUACAUGUAAUUUGUUGCGUUGAUCGCGGGCCAUUAGCAUUCUCAUUAUUUAUACAUAACUCCAUUCCCCUCAAAUGACACUCACCGUAUUACUAUUUUAAACACGUGAUGCAUAUUAUUAAAAUUACUUAUAGUAUGAAUUAAGAAAUACCUUUACGUAUGUAGCUCCGGUGACUAUGUUAUUUGCGAACGAAGUCUUUUGUGUUUACACGUAUUAGACAUUAAAUUGUGUAUCUGAGAAUAAAUAAGGAUAUUGCAUUUGAAUUA